AUGCAGGACCUGGAGAUCUUUACCGCAUUGAGGGAUGAAUUGAGCUUUGGUCCCGGCGAUACCUUCGACAAACGUUUUAAACUGCAGGUGUAUCGCCCGGAUCGAAGAGGCUGUGCUUGUGCUAUGGAGGCGGUUGAAAAGAGUGGAUCUCCAGUUCUGCUGCAGGUGGUGCAGGAGUUGUGUGCGAUUUUUCGCAUGGAUUUGCAUCGAUGUUGGGUGAAUCUGUAUCGUGGUGGUACGGAUGACCAUGCAGCCUACCAUAAGGACAACUUCGAUGGCCGCAGCGGUGGCGCUCAUGUGACGUUGGGCGUUUUCGCCUCCUUUGGCGCACCGCGAGAGUUGUGUUGGAGAUGGUCACGAGGUGCAUCGCUGGGAGAAGGGAGUUCCCACAAGGAAAUUCCUUUUUGUCAAAGGGAGAUGCCAGGAUCCUUUGGUCAAGGUGUGGGCAAGCUGCUGGCAAAGGGUGGCAGACAACUGCCCAUGGGCCCACAGGCUCAAGAGCUUGGUGACCAAGACCACUAG